UAUAGUAUUUUUAUAAUUUUUUUUUCUCUCUGUAAGACUAAAAGAAAAUGGGAAGGUCACCUUGUUGUGAGAAAGUGGGUUUAAAGAAAGGGCCAUGGACUCCUGAAGAAGACCAAAAACUGACUUAUUACAUUGAAAAACAUGGCUGUGGUAGCUGGCGUGCUUUACCAACAAAAGCUGGACUUAAGAGGUGUGGAAAGAGCUGCAGACUAAGAUGGAUAAAUUAUCUAAGACCUGAUAUUAAGAGAGGAAAAUUCAGUUUGCAAGAAGAACAAACGAUCAUUCAACUCCAUGCUCUUCUGGGUAACAGGUGGUCAGCUAUAGCAACUCAUUUGGCUAACAGAACAGACAAUGAAAUCAAGAAUUACUGGAACACUCAUUUAAAGAAGAGAUUAACCAAGAUGGGAAUUGAUCCAAAUACUCAUAAACCAAGAUCCAAUUUUGGUUCUGCAAACCUAAGUCACAUGGCUCAGUGGGAAAAUGCUCGGCUUGAAGCUGAAGCUCGACUUGUUCGCGAGUCCAAGAAACAACAACAAAUUAUUUUGAUUAACAACAACAUUAAUAAUUAUAAUAAUAUCCACUUCGGUACUAAUAAUUUGGGUACUAAAAAUGUUUUACUACCCCUUCAAACAAAAUUACCAUCACUACCCUGUCUUGACGUGCUAAAAGCAUGGCAAGGAGGGGCAAAUUGGUCAAAUUGGCCAAAAAUCAAAAAAGACAAAUUUUUCGAUAAUUUUCCAACAUCCUCCGCAAGCUUAUCAAACAACAACUUGUUACUUAUGGUACCAAGUAACAACAACAAUAAUAAUAAUAUUUUGGGAGCUGGAGUAGUCAACACGUGUUUAGUUGGUGCAGGAAGUUUCUUGGGGAAUAAUAUUAAUGAAAUUUCAUCCUAUUCUAGUUAUCCAUGUUUGAAUGAUAUUCAAGGGUUCACACAAUUGGAAAGCGUUGUUGGAAGCUGCCAAGAUGACUACGACAACAAUGACAACAAUUAUUGGAAUACUAUAUUAAAUUCUUGUACUUCACUUGCUGAUGGUUCACCAGUGUUUUAAUUAAUAAGUGGCCAUAUUGUAAUAGCUGGUAAUUUAAUAGGCUUGAUAUAUAUAUUAAUUAGGACUUAGGAAAUUCUACUUUACACUAUAUUUGUAGACCUAGUCUAGAGGUGAAGUGCCUUCAAUAUGAGAAAAAGAUUUUAGUGUUUUUAAAGAUAUAAGGCAAUAAAUAUAUUGUAAUAGUACUGGUGUAGUCAUUUGACAGUUUAGUAAACUCGUUAGCUGUCAGAACCUAUCAAUUUAAAUUUCCUGUUUAUGUUCGUGGCCAUUUUCACAGAUUUGGUAUCUAUGGUGGAUCCUAUAUUGUGAUGACUAAAUUUUCUCACGUCAUGAUGAUAUCUAUGACAAUUUAUCUGUAGGUAAGUCAACUCAUAGUUCGGAACAACUAGUAACCGAUAAAUAAGAAAAAUGAAAACCAAACUAAAUAAAAAAGAAAAAGAGAGAUAAGAAGGAAGU